CAAGCAUAGGAUCGCUGUGGCUCUUGGGUUCGCGCUCGCUCGAUCUUUGAACUGGCAUCGGCUCUAUCGUUGUUCAUCGGUUAUUGGUCAUUUGGCUAUUGUUUUUUUUCAGCGACAUUUCGAUAACGCGGAGUAACAGUGAAAUGGCGAAAAAAACCUACGAUCUUUUAUUUAAGUUUUUGCUAAUCGGUGAUUCUGGCGUCGGUAAAACUUGUAUAUUGUUCAGAUUUUCAGACCACGCCUUUUCAACUUCGUUUAUUUCUACUAUAGGUAUUGACUUCAAAAUCAAGACUGUUGAAUUGAGAGGAAAAAAAAUCAAACUACAGAUAUGGGAUACAGCUGGUCAAGAAAGAUUCCAUACCAUAACUACAUCGUACUACAGAGGGGCUAUGGGAAUCAUGCUGGUUUAUGAUAUCACAAACGAAAAGACCUUCGAAAAUAUUGCAAAGUGGUUAAGAAAUAUUGAUGAACAUGCCAAUGAAGAUGUGGAGAAGAUGAUUUUAGGAAAUAAAUGUGAUAUGGAAGAAAAUCGUGUUGUUAGCACUGAGAGAGGGGAAUCAAUAGCGCGAGAACAUGGGAUUAGGUUUAUGGAAACAUCAGCAAAAGCUAACGUCAAUAUUGACAGAGCAUUUGGUGAACUAGCAGAAGCAAUUUUGGAAAAGACUCAUGGAAAGGAACUUCACGAUGCCCCUGAUCGUGUCACAGUCGAUCGAAGAGUGGAAAGAAGUUCCACCCGAUGGUGCUAACUUAAUACUAUUUAUUGUAAUAACAGCGCAUAAUAAUCAUAUAUCGACUCGUCAGUUUGAAUAGAUUUGUGGAUAGUGCUAGUGCAUACUCGGUUUCACCUUUCAUUGCUAUUUUUACGUCAACCUAAUUCGAAUCUGUUAUUACGACGUUGCUAAGAAUUCACUUAAUAAAGUCAAUCUCUGUUUCUGAAACUCUUGACGCGCAUAUGACAGAUUUUCGUGGAA